AUGGUUCAUCUCGCCGCCGUAAGCAAAGAGUCCGAUGCGGUGCCAAUCCGCCUGAUGAGGCGGGUGGACACAAUCCCUCUGGAAGAGCCCCAGGAACAUGAUUUCUAUUCAAGUGUCUAUGGGUCUCGCUUUGCAGCUGAGGACCUCCCCAUGCACGAGAUGCCGGAGAAGGAAAUGCCUAAGGAAGUUGCCUACAGAAUGAUCAAGGAUGACCUGAGCCUGGACGGUAAUCCUAUGCUCAACUUGGCAAGCUUUGUCACCACGUACAUGGAAGAGGAAGCAGAAAAGCUCAUGGCUGAAUCGUUCAGCAAGAACUUUAUCGACUACGAAGAAUACCCCCAAUCCGCUGAAAUCCAAAAUCGCUGCGUCAACAUGAUAGCCCGUCUUUUCCACGCCCCCAUGGCUGAUGAUGCAGAUCAUGCAGUGGGGACUUCGUGCGUCGGUUCCUCCGAAGCCAUCAUGCUGGGCACCCUUGCUAUGAAAAAGCGCUGGCAGAAUAAGCGUAAAGCGGAGGGGAAGGACUACUCGCGUCCCAAUCUUAUUAUGAGCAGCGCUGUCCAAGUCUGCUGGGAAAAAGCUGCCAGAUAUUUCGAUAUUGAGGAGAAAUUUGUCUACUGCACCAGUGAGAGAUACGUGAUUGACCCUGAGGAAGCGGUUGAUCUGGUGGACGAAAACACAAUUGGUAUUUGUGCAAUCUUGGGCACCACAUACACGGGUCAGUAUGAGGAUAUCAAGGCAAUCAACGACCUGUUAAUCGAACGGAAUAUUGACUGCCCAAUCCACGUCGAUGCUGCCAGCGGCGGAUUUGUUGCACCAUUUGUCAACACCAAUCUUGUAUGGGAUUUCCGGCUCGAAAAGGUUGUGUCCAUCAAUGUUUCGGGCCACAAAUAUGGACUGGUGUAUCCAGGUGUUGGCUGGGUUGUCUGGCGUUCUCCUGAGUUCCUACCCAAGGAAUUGGUGUUCAAUAUCAACUACCUGGGAGCUGACCAAGCAAGCUUCACUUUGAACUUCUCCAAAGGUGCUUCUCAAGUGAUCGGGCAGUAUUAUCAAAUGAUUCGGCUCGGAAAGCGUGGCUACCGCUCUAUCAUGGUAAAUCUCACUCGUACUGCUGACUAUUUAGCAACUUCACUGAAGCAUCUGGGCUUCAUCAUCAUGAGUGACGGAAAGGGGCAUGGCCUCCCCCUUGUGGCAUUUAGACUCAACCCCGAGAACGAUGACAUAUUAUAUGACGAGUUCACUCUGGCUCAUCAAUUACGUGAGCGUGGCUGGGUGGUACCCGCCUACACCAUGGCACCGCACAGCGAGCAGCUGAAACUGAUGCGAAUCGUCGUGCGUGAAGAUUUCAGUCGAAGCCGCUGCGAUAACCUAGUGAAUGAUAUUAAGCUUGCCCUACAGCAAUUGGGUGAGAUGGAUAAGAAAACAGUGGAGAAAUAUCAAGAGCACAUCCGCCGCAAUGUCACAAACUCGGGCAAGGCAACGCACACCCCCACUCAGUACCAGGAUGAAGACCACUCCCUCCAAGGAAAAACCGGGAAAACUCAUGCCAUUUGCUAG